ACUUUUACAUGUAAACAAACCCAGAUAUAUUGAGUUGUUUCCGCUUUUUUCUCACAAAGUAAAAUAUGCAAUACAAUGCAUGUUGUGAUUGGAAAUUAAAGUAAGUAUGUAAGUAAGCAAACAAACUUAGGAACUAACUUAUUAAGUAAAUCUAUUUGUUUGGAGGGCAUCAAAAAUUCUGACAACAUGGAUAAGGAAUAUUUGGAAGAUUGUUAACAUAAGUGCAACCAAUCAACCAACUAACUGAAAGAAACAAGAAAAACAAGAGCCACUUUGUCUUCGCGCACUCGAGUGAUCCAUCUCUUCACACAUGGACGAUCUUUGUGUCGCGCAGACAGUAGCAGCGCUGACGCCAGCAGCCGAGGCAGCGUCUGCAGACGGAGACCGGUCAUCGAGUGAACCGCUCGACCGCGGGCCGGUGCGGACUUCCUCCCCCUGUCAUUCUCCUCUGGUGCCCCGGCCGGAGCCCCUUGACAUGGUCGGACACGUCGGGCACCUGUGGACUUGUAGCACGUAGCGCAGAGACGCACACCGGAACAGGAGAGUGACAGCAAGCUGAGAGUGACAGGUAAGACGACUGGGCAAUUCCUGCAACAUACUCCUGGGAUUGUGUUGACCAAUGGAUGGAGAUGAAAUCAUGUAGCGGUGUUCUGAUCGCACGCUGCCAUGGACUCCGGGCCUCAUCUGCACGUGGUCGGCCUUCUGUCAUCAACCUGAGAGGAGCAUCGACUGUGUCGGAGCGGACGUGGGACUCGGGACCGGCAGAGAGAACCAGCGCGGACCUCGAGGCAGGCUGACUGACUGACCGACUGACUGAGUGCUCGGGUUUGCUCACUGACUGGAGCUGUGGCUGUCUGAGCACUUUGAGGACACGUAGCUCCGGGCAGAUACCGGCCGAGCGGUGGAGCCCCGCGAUGGGGGAGACGGCGGAAUACCAGAGGCUGCAGGACACCUCAGAGCCUGACUACCAACGCCUGCCCAGCGAUGACGAAGAGAAACUUGGCAGUAGCAUGCAGUGUGAGGAGGGCACAGAAUGGCUACUGGAGCUGCUGAUGGAGGUGCAGUUGCAGCAGUACUUCCUGCGGAUCAGAGAUGACCUUAACGUCACGCGGCUGUCACACUUCGACUACGUCAAGACUGAAGACUUGGAGAAGAUCGGCAUGGGCCGACCUGGGCAGAGACGACUGUGGGAAGCUGUGAAAAGGAGGAAAGCCAUGUGCAAGCGCAAGUCCUGGAUGAGCAAGGUGUUCAGCGGUAAGCGCCCUGACGGAGGAGACUUCCCCCAGCAGGGCCAGCCGGCCUCCUCCUUCCGAAAGCUGUCCCCGACGCCUCCCCUGGGCCUGGGCGAGGGAGUCCUGGCCACGCAGCCCGGUGGUGGUGCCCCUCUCGACGGGCAGCAAGCUCUGACUUGCCUCAUCCCCGAGAAGGACUUGGCGUUGUUUGAGAAACUCGGGGACGGCUCGUUUGGCGUCGUGAAGAGAGGAGAGUGGCUGACACCUGCAGGGAAGGUGCUGAACGUAGCUGUGAAGUGUCUGAAGACGGAUGUGCUCAGCCAGCCCGACGCUCUGGAAGAUUUCAUCUGUGAGGUCAACGCCAUGCACUCCCUGGACCACCAGAACCUCAUUCGCCUCUACGGUGUGGUGCUCACACACCCAAUGAAGAUGGUGACGGAGCUGGCUCCUCUGGGUUCUCUGCUGGAGCGUUUGCGAUGUGUUCGUCCACAGGGUCCAGUGUUGAUCCACACCCUGUGUCAGUAUGCUGUACAGGUGGCCUGCGGCAUGGCUUACCUGGAGCAGAGGCGCUUCAUCCACAGGGACCUGGCAGCCAGGAACAUCCUAUUGGCCUCAGCUCAACGAGUGAAGAUCGGUGACUUUGGCCUGAUGAGGGCGCUGCCUAACAACCAUGAGCACUACGUCAUGCAGGAGCAUCGCAAGGUCCCCUUUGCAUGGUGUGCCCCAGAGAGUCUGAAGACCAGAACGUUCUCCCACGCGACAGAUACGUGGAUGUUUGGAGUCACGCUCUGGGAGAUGUUCACACAUGGUCAGGAGCCCUGGCUGGGUCUCAACGGGAGCCAGAUUCUGCACAAGAUUGAUAAAGAAUGUGAACGCCUCCCCAAGCCAGAGGACUGUCCGCAGGAUAUCUAUAAUGUCAUGCUGCAGUGCUGGGCACAGAAACCAGACGACAGACCUACUUUUGUUUCCCUGAGAGAGUUCCUGCUUGAGACCAUGCCCACAGACAUGUGUGCUCUUCAGGACUUUGAUGAGCCUGACAAACUGCAGAUCGUGAUCAACGAUGUCAUCACCAUAAUAGAGGGAAGGGCGGAGAACUACUGGUGGCGAGGUCAAAACAAGCGCACUCUCAAAGUCGGACAGUUCCCCAGAAAUGUGGUGACAUCAGUGGCGGGUUUGUCAGCUCAUGAUAUCAGCCGGCCGCUGAAGAACAGCUUCAUCCACACAGGACACGGAGACUCCAACCCUCGCCGCUGCUGGGGCUUCCCUGACAGGAUUGAUGAGCUGUACCUCGGGAAUCCCAUGGAUCCUCCUGAUGUUCUGGGUUUGGAUCUUAGCGGCACUCGGCCCACACAGCUGCCAGGACGAACGAAAAAGCCUUGCUACGAUCCAGUAAAUGAGGAUGAAGAUCUGACCUCUGCGGGGUUAAAGAGAUUAUCACUUCGAAAAACGGGCUCUGUCAAAAGCUUAAAAAUCAAACCCGCUGCAUGGGUCUCUGCCUCCAAACAGGGGAUAAGCCGGGUUUCGGGCUCAGGCUACAACCCCAAGAGUGAAGUGUCCCUCAUUGACUUUGGGGAGGAGUUCCCCCCAUCCACACCCUCCCCCUCCCCUGUGGUUGAAAUCCAGAUCCCCUCACUGGCGAAGCUGGCUUUGGAAGCAGAGAACAUCAUGGACCGGACUCCUCCUCAAAGUCCAUGUAGAUCGUUGCCCCGCCCCCUGCACCCCACACCAGUAGUGGAUUGGGAUGCACGACCAUUGCCCCCACCCCCAGCCUAUGAUGACGUGGCCCAAGACGAAGAUGAUAUGGAGGUGAGCUCAAUCAACAGCUCAGAGCAGCAGCAUGAAGAAGAGCGGAGUGAUGUUCGUAACCCAGACGAGGCUGAUGUUGCUCUCUCCUCUGGACAGACGAUGCAGCUUGAGGCUCUUGUCUCCAGGGGUCCAGACAGACUGGGAUUGGAGGAUAACCUCUUUCUCCCCAGCAAGCAGAGCCAGGACCAGUCCACGUCUUUCUCCCAGUCUGUAGAAAUCUUCCAAGAACUCCAGCAGGAGUGCAUGAGGAGGCUCAAUGUACCGACAGGAACCGCUGCUCGGUCAAGCUCGCCGUCCCAGACCUCAGCGUCGCUUCCCCACUCUCCUCAGACCUCCAAUGAAGACAAACCCCAGAUCCCCCCACGUGUCCCUAUCCCCCCUCGCCCCAUAAAAAGGGGCGACUACACAUCUGCUCGCUGGUCAAGGGAUCUUUCUCUGUCCCCGACACCAGCAGACGCCACAGAGGAAGUUUUAGUCCUGGAAAUGAACCGACCACCUCAGAUCCCUCCAAGGGACCCUUUGUCCCAGCCGGGCUCUAGGACUCCUAGCCCCAUGGGCCUGUUGGUCGGCUCCCCCCAGCAGAGAGUCUACUCUGUCAGCCCCACUGCCAUGCAGGCUCCCCUCACGUCCUGCCCCCCCACACACACCUAUGGCUCCUACCUCUCCACCUCUCCAGGUAAACUCAUGCCUACCACACACAGCUUUGCCUCAGAUCCUAAAUACGCUGCACCCAAAGUCAUCCAGGCGCAGGGGAAGGACCCUGCCAGUAAAGGCCCCUGUAUACUUCCCAUUGUACGUGAUGGACGUAAAGUGAGCAGCACCCACUAUUACCUCCUGCCGGAGAGGCCGCCAUACCUUGACCGAUACGACCGCUUCUUCAGAGAGGCAGAGAGCCUCCCUGCCAGCUGUGUGGAGGAAAGGCAUGUACGGCAAGCUAACACCGCCACAGUCAGACCCAUGGUGGUCAGCAGCCAGGCUGUCCAGGGACACGCCCAGGGACAGGGCCUUGUCCAGCCCGGUGAGCUGAAGGCUAAUUUCUCCUCCAACAACAACAGCAGUCUUGGUGGACCACGGUCAGGGAUGAGGACAUCGCUAAGUCUCCCUCGCGUCUGUUCAGAUGGGUUGACAGCACCAGUGGUCACUGCAUCCUGUACCAGGACAGAUGGAGGAGGGAAUACAGCUGACAGGGUCAAAAUGGUGCAGGAUGCAGUUCACGGUGUCACGAUAGAGGAGUGCCAAGCUGCCCUCCACAACUGGAACGUCCAGAAGGCUGUGCAAUACCUAAAGGUGGAGCAGUUGUUCUGUUUGGGUCUGAGGAGCAGGUCAGAGUGUCUCAAGCUGCUGGAGAUGUGUGACUGGAACCUGGAGGUGGCCAGCACUCACAUGUUAGAUAACUAUGGAUCUACAAGGCAGAGGUACAGUUCAGUGCUCUAUAGUCAUUUUACAGGUCAAGGCUUCCCACAGAAAAUAAUAAAAUAAUAGACUUUACUCUGCUAUUGCUGCCCAGCAGUGACUCUCCAUCUGUCGUCUUUAUUAUUAUUUUAGCACCCAGAGCCUCGAAUCAACAUUUAAAACUUGGUCCAGAUAUUUGAUCUCGAGUCUGUGGCGCUUUUGUCUUUGUGAGAGAUAAAGCUCAUUGAGCCCCACACUCUGAUAUGAGGGUUGAUUCAGAAACAAUACCAUUCAAAUCUGCUUCCUAAUUGGUCUUAACUGCUGGAUAUUUUCCCUCCUGCAAAUAUAAUAUUGCUGCCAGUUUAUCAAGAAGUUAACAGCAGACAUAUGCAGCGAUAGACAGGCAGCAGUGUGACGCAAUAAGCACACUGGUGUGUUUUCUUUAUGAGGCUACGGCUCAUAUGUGGUUGCUAGACUGAGAACGUUUUCUGCUUUGUUCAAAUGUUGUAUAGAAAAAUAAAAAGUAUGGAAAUUAUUUUUAAUCUAAAGUUUCUCACCUUAAAAGCCUCAAAAUUAACAGUUGUUCUUCCAAAUAAAUGUCAAUAUCAUUCAUGUUAAUUUAGGGAAUCUAAUGUAAAUCUUUUUUUUGUUUGCAGACGGUGACAGAGAUCUCCAGCUGCAGAGCUCUGAUUGGAUCCUCAUCGUCAGUAAAACAUCAGAGGAGGCGAUUCUGCUCCUGACCCUUUCAGUUUGAUGCUUCAGUCAAACCUUCAAUCAGAGGAGUGUUCUCCGAACAAGCACAAAAUACCAAAUUCAUUAUGGUUCUAUUCAUACCUACCAUGGAUGCAGGAAAAAAAAAAGACACAUUGCGGUCAUAUUUUAACUCUGGUCUUAAAGAUAUGUCAAUGUUGCACUUAUUUAAAAGUUGCCGACUGCCAUCCACCAUCUUUUCAAAGUGGGGAAAAAAGAGUCCGCUUGAAACAGGUCCCUCAAACAGAUCCGUCACAGACUCUGGGUGCUACCACACUGUCAGUCAUCACUGCCGCUCUUACACUGAUGACCAACUGCGGAGAGAUACUCAAAAACUUUUUUCCUUUUUUCAAUGUCAUUAAACAGCCAGGCUGGGAGUGAAUCUGAAGAAGGCACAGCGAGACGACGAGCACAAUAUACACAGUAGCACUUUCUAAAAAAGGUUUUGUGUCGAAGACUGAAAUCCGGGAUCACACUUGCUGAUCACGGUCACAACUGAACCUGAAUACUGAACAGUGUAUGAACAUUUAUGGUCAUGAGAUAUCAGCACCCUGUGCUGCAGCUGUAGGAUCUGCAUCGCCACUUGAAGCGAUCGUGUUAGAAAUAAUUCAUAAAGUACUUCCACCUCAUCCGUGCACAACAAUUUACAAAGCACAUUUGUAAUGAACUGGCCUCACAGGUUUCAUUGCAGGGAAUCGUUUUGCCCGUUGACUGUUAUUAAGACGUGUGGGAAUAUGAUAAUGAAGAUUGUCUGUGCAUUUUAUACUUAAAUAAGGGAAGUCGCCAACGUAGUACUGCACACACUGUGCUUAGAAUCGAAAGUUACACCAGUCCAGCGUUGACCUGAGUCAAGAGAAGGAAUGGAAACAGAAGAGAAUAAGUUUGUCCCAGAUUCGCCACAAAACUGUCUAAUUUAUACUCGGAGGGUAAAAAACAUUAUACCAUUUACAAAGAGACAUUUACUCUAUUUGUGAACAAAAAUUUAGAAAACUAUUAUCUUCAUAUAUAUUUUAACACAAUGCUUAGGGAUUUGAGAAGACUGACAUUUCCAUGACUGGGCAGGCAACUUCAGAAAUGACUGUAUUUAAUUAAAUACUGGGACCAGUUUCACAGAGAUGGACUUUGACAGCAGCAGAAAUCAAAGUCAUCAACAGACGCCAGAGAGAAUUCAUCAAUUACACAAAGCUGUGCAGUUCUCGACACAACUAGAAUGUUUAAUUGUCCAAGAAAUCUGGGUAAAUCACAUUUUGUUUUGUUUUUUUCAAACCCGUCAAAUCGCACAGCUCCCCUCACUGCGGCAUAUAUAUCAUCUUUCUGCAAGAACUCUACGGUUACGACGACACUUUACUCGGAAAAUCCAGCAAAGAAUGUAACGACACAAAAAAAGGCUCAAGUAGAAUAAGAGCUGGCAGCAGUGCAGACCUGGAGCUGAGCUGCUGUGGUUCCUCCAUGUCUGUAUGGCAGGACUCCGCAGGACGUCACUGCUGCUCACUUCCAUCCUGUUAGCCGCAUUCUGCAAAUUUUUCAGAAUGAGUUGCACCAAAGCAUUGUUAACAAAAUGCAAAUUAUAAGCCAUGUUUUCCUUUUUUUUUGACAGGUCAGCCGUUGUCAACGAGGCUCCUAGUUCUUAGUGGCUAUAACGUUUAAGGCUUAAAGUAAGUUGUUAAACCGUCAAAAAUACAUGAGACUAAUCUAAGACAGGCCGAACAGUUAACACUGGUCUAAAAUAUCUUUGUGAAACCAGCCCCUGAUCUGUCACUGUCGCAACACAGCCAGAGACUCCAGAUGCCACCUUUAUCAUAUUCCAUCCCUCUAAGCACUUUGUCCACAAAGAACUCAGCAGAAAACUCCCGCCGGCUUGAUAUUUCCUGCAUGUUUCCAGACUACGUUGUCAGCAAAUAACAUAAACAUAGUGAGAUUUCAUCCCAAGGCACAGGUCCUGUCCCAUAAUCAUCACUUUACGAACCGCAGCCGUGAUAUUUUGGUCAGCAGCUUCAGGGGCAAUACUUCCGCACUUCUCCGACACGUCAGCUGUGGGUGAAGUUGCUGCUGGACGUGAGCAAUGAAGGGUUUAAAACGCAGUCAAUAGCUUUUUUAUGUCAGAUGCACUGAAUAUUUGAGGACUCUGGUGAAAGAAAGGGCAAUAAAAGGCAUUGCACGUGCUUUGACCAAAUGUUAAAAACAAUCCUCUUUUUGCCAACUGGUCCCCAUCUAUGUAAUUACCAUAUAAACGUCUAUGGCCACAUGUGUUGCCAUGGCUUCGCUCCAAGCCAACUAACCCCUCCAUAUGUCCCCAAACACCCCCAGUAUGUGGCACGUCUGAGCACAAUCUGUGUGGGCAGGAACUUCACCGGGCGGGGCCUCAGAAGAAGCUACUCCCGAGCCACAACAAGUCCCGCCCGAGUGUAUUAAGAGGCUUCAAAACAAAACACACACACAAAAAACAAACGACUAAAGCAUGAGCAGGACAGAUUUUUUAGAAAACCAGUCAAAGCUUCCUCCUGUGUGCGAUAAAGGCUGCUGUAGAACCUGUGACCUCCCAGUCUGUCCACCCGUCAGCGCCACCCAGUCAUGAGAAUAUCUGUGAGCCUUCAUCUCUGUCCUGAUGUAUCCUAGUGAUCACAUGCACACGGUUUUCAGUAUAAAGUGGUGGUGACUCCGUUUUCCUCCCCAGACCAGGAAGAGGUGUUCGUUAAACACUGAUCCGCAGUCGCUCUCACUAUGCUCUCACUUCAGUGAGUCGGGACAAGUCGAUGUGCUGUUUGUCUUCAUACCAAGCUGCUGUAGUUGUAUUAGAAUGACCGAACCUCAUGGUGUUAAUGAUCAACCCAAAGCAACGCUGUCCUGUUUGUGGUGUCGACACUGAUGUAGGAAAAAAAAAAAUGUUGGUUUCAGUUCAACAGUUCUGUUUUGGUCUUUGUUUGCCAGGAACACUCCACCAGAAACGUUCCCGUCUCUCUUGUUUCCGCUGUUCUUCCUACUUGCCAACUUGCCAUUUCUCUGUCACUUCUACGUGUGUUUGCUACCCAGGAUGUGGUUUAUUUUGAAUAGCUACUGUACAGCUGGUUUCCCUCAUUUCUCUCCUCCUGGGUUGACGGAAAUGGUCAAGAGAAGUCAAUGCUGCCGAAUUUAUAAAUGUAUUUUUUAUUAAAGAGUUCAUUAUUUUUUA